UACAAGUGAAAGCACGGAACUCUGUGGGACGUCCAUUCGUUCAUGCCCAGGCUAUCACUGGGUAUUCUGGUGAAGGUGCACCAACUGUUCUUCCUACCAACUUUGAACUCGCCAGUGAAAGGAACGUGACUGCAACAAGUGCAAGAUUUCGCUGGGAUCCCGUUAGCACCAGCGCUGAGGUGAUACGUGGAGAGUACAGAGGCUACAAGAUUCGCCACUGGAAGAGGAACCAGAAGGAGACAAGCCUCCGUGAGGUGUUUAUCCCGGACCGUACAGAAGCUAACAGUAAACAGAUGUUGAGACGUACAGGAAACAAAGUCUGGGUUGACGUCCACAGUUUGCCGCCUUACUCUCAUAUUGAGGCCGAUGUAGUGGUUGUCAACACCUACUUCAGCUCUGAAGGCAGCAACAUCCUCCGCUUCUCAACAGCAGAAGGAGUGCCCUCUUCAGUAGAGGACGUAAAUAUAACUUACCGAGGCUCAGAAGAUAUCGAGCUGGAGUGGGGACAACCUGGGGAACCAAACGGUAUCGUCAUUGGCUACCAGGUCGGCUACAUGAAGGAUGAAGGUCUUGAGUUUGGUGAUCUGGAGAUCAGUGAGAUUGUUACAGAGAGGCGCAUGUGGCUUGGAGGUCUGACCCCCGACACUGUGUACCGUGUGUACGUGUGGGGCAUGACACGUGUUGGGCGGGGUGAGGAGUUCUUCAUUGACAUUCGCACGGCUGAAGAAACGCCAGGUCUAGUCAUAGAUGACAUAGUACCAACUCUCACCACCGUUAAUGUAACGUGGCUUGUUCCUGACGCUGGGGGGCUUAAAGAGGUGGCUAACUAUUACUUGGAAUAUCGCAAACUUGGAAAGGCUGGAUGGGACCGUGUAACAGUAGAACAGGAGAAUCUUUGGCAAGAAAUUAAAGGGCUGGAGGCAGGUACAUCCUACCAAGUCCGUGUGUGGACAGCAGCAGGGCAGACUGGUACACCAUCACGUAGAAAACUAUACAGCGACACCAGGACAUUUAGAACGAUUUCUGAAGCCUUUCUUUUGUUGACCCAAGGGAAGAAAAUCAGGCGAGUCGACAUCGCGUCCACAUCUACCAAUCUGGUCAGAUUCACCAAGAAAAAACUCAAAAUAAGGAGUCCGGCGUCCUUGACCUUCAACGUUCGGAAGAAUACUGUGUUCUUUUCGGACAAAAGAACAAAAAGCAUAAACAUGGCAACAAUAGAAGGAUUUCAGCUCCAUUCAGCAGUUCGGAUCUAUCAGGAUUCCAACUCCUCCAUAUUUGGCAUAGCUUACGACUGGGUACACGAAGCACUCUACUGGACUGACGGCCGACGGAAAUCCAUAAGGGUCAUGACUUUGACCCGAGAGGACCGGAAGUAUAUCACAACGGUUGUUGACGGCAUGGGUAAACCACGAGCAAUAGCGCUUGACAUUCAGCAAAGAUACUUGUACUGGACUGACCGGAUGAAACCAGCCAUGAUUGGGCGAUGUGGCAUGGAUGGAACCAAUGUCAGCAGCAUCAUUAACUCCGAUAUAACAUGGCCUGAAGGUCUUACUAUAGACUAUGCUGAACGUCGCUUGUACUGGACGGACGCUAUACGUGACAGAGUGAGCAGCUGCGACAUGGACGGUGGUGACCGCAGAGUGGUCAUCAGAAUGCCAGGUCCGCCAGAUGAACGACUUCCUCUACUGGAGCGACUUGAGAUCAUCAACUCUUAG